UGGUAAUUGGCCGUCAAUUACCUUACAUCGUCUAAGUUUCUUUAAAAAUAUAAUUUUAUUUAAAGUUAGUUUUUAGUGUUACUUAUAAAAGAAGUAAAUAUCGAAUAACCAAUUUAAUUUACUUUUUUCGCUAAAGUAAAAAUAUUAAUUAUAAAUCGUUUUUGCAACAAGCACACCUUUUCGUUGUUACAAGAAAAGACUGUGUUGUAAAAAAAUUUAUUACUAAAAACAAUUUUAAAGCGUUAAAAUAAGAAACUGACACAUUUUAACAAUUGUUGAGCAAUAAUUGUGACGGCCGAAACCAGAAUAUAGCAUAAAAUAUUCCAAAAAAAUAGUAAAACAAAAAACGAACAAAGAAAAUGUACAACAACGCAUAUACAGCAAAUGGUGGUGCACCCCAGAUUGCCGGUGGUGGGUUUUAUGGUUCACGUCACAACAGCGAUCGUCCGCAGUAUCAACGCAAUCCCGUUGGUGAAGGGUCUGGUGUAGGCGGAACUGGUGUUGGUUAUAAUAACCAAUAUGGUGGUGGACAGUAUCGUGGUAAUAGUUCUAGUUCUAUUAUGACUGGAAACGGGCCUAGUUUCUACGGCAAUGGUGCAGCAUAUCAACCACGUACUAAAAAUUUUGUACCACGUCACCAGAAGCCAAUGACUAAUUAUCAAAAUGGCUCGUUCCAUAAUAACAUGAACGUGGUGAAAAAUAUCCUCUCCAAAGAAGAGCGUGCAGAGUUACAACGUGAAAAGGCAAAAAAUCCAGGUCGCAAUUUAAUCACACCACAUUGGGACAAUUUGCAGCCAUUUAAAAAGAAUUUCUAUGCUCCACAUCCCAACGCUCUAAACAUGAGCGAACAAGCUGUCUCUGAUUUACGCAAAGAACUUCAAAUUACUGUGUCUGGGGUAAAUAUACCACAUCCAAUAUCAUCAUUUGAGGAGUGUUCAUUACCAGCAUAUGCUAUUGAAGAGAUGAAGCGUCAAGGUUUUACCCAACCGACUGCUAUUCAAUCGCAAGGUUGGCCAAUAGCAUUAUCUGGUAGAGAUUUAGUUGGUAUUGCCCAAACUGGGUCUGGUAAAACAUUAGCUUAUAUGUUGCCUGCUAUGGUUCAUAUUGCAAAUCAACCACCUAUACAACAUGGUGAAGGCCCCAUUGCUCUAGUUUUGGCCCCAACCCGUGAAUUAGCGCAACAAAUACAAUCAGUUGUACGUGAUUAUGGUCAUCUAACAUCACCAGAAAUACGUCAUACAUGCAUUUUUGGUGGCUCAUCAAAGGUGCCACAGGCACGUGACUUGGAGCGUGGUGUAGAAGUAAUAAUUGCAACUCCCGGUCGUUUAAUUGACUUUUUGGAAAAUCGUACAACUAACUUACAACGUUGUACUUAUUUAGUAUUGGAUGAAGCAGAUCGCAUGCUGGACAUGGGUUUCGAACCACAAAUACGUAAAAUUAUACAACAGAUUCGUCCUGAUCGUCAAGUAGUAAUGUGGUCAGCAACAUGGCCAAAAGAGGUUCAAACUUUGGCUGGCGAUUUCUUAAACGAUUUCAUCCAGAUAAAUAUUGGUUCGAUGAAUUUGUCUGCUAAUCACAAUAUCAGGCAAAUUAUUGAUAUUUGUCAAGAAGAAGAGAAGCCGCAGCGAAUUGUAAAACUUUUGAAGGACAUUAUACCAACUACCAACAACUCAGCAAAUAACGGCAACAAAAUAAUAAUAUUUGUGGAAACUAAAAUAAAAGUUGAAGAAAUCCUACAGAUCAUUCGUAAUGAAGGUUAUACAGCUACGUCUAUACAUGGCGAUAAAUCACAAACUGAACGUGAUUCUGUUUUAAAGGACUUCCGUAAUGGUAAGUCUAAUAUAUUAAUUGCAACUGAUGUAGCUUCGCGUGGUUUGGACGUUGAGGAUUUGCAAUUUGUCAUAAACUAUGACUAUCCAAAUUCGUCAGAGAACUAUGUCCACCGUAUUGGCCGUACUGGUCGUUGUCAACAAUUAGGCACAGCUUAUACCUUUUUUACACCUGAGAAUGCUAAACAAGCACGCGAAUUGAUAUCAGUAUUAGAAGAAGCUGGUCAAGCACCACCACAGAAUUUGGUAGACUUAGCACGUUCUGUUGGUAAUGUUAAUGGUCGUAAUACUAGCACUAAACGUUGGCAACAACCAAGUAAUAUGCAUCAACAACGUAAUAAUCCUCUUAAUUACCAAGCCGGUGGUUCGAAUGGUAACAGUUACAGUCCUAAGCCUCACUAUACUUCGAACGGUGGUGGAAGCAUGUACCAACAACAAAGUAAUUCUGGUAGUUGGAAUAAUCGUUCAAUUAAUAAUCAAUACAAUGGUGGUCAAGAUGGUAUGAAUGGUGGUCGCGUUUUUCGUCCCCGUACUGCAUUCAACUCUACUGGACCACGUCCAAUGGUAGGUGGUUAUCACAAUCCACAUGUACCAGCUCAUUUGCAACAAAACAAUGCAUAUGUACCACAUCAGUACAGACCACGUAACCAAUAUGUUCCAAAUGGUAAUAUUCAACGUUUUCCACAAUAUCAAAAGCGUGAGUAUCCACAGCAAAAUCAUUUCGAUAAGCAGCAAGGUAUGAUGGCAAAUAGCGCUGAUCAUCAACAACAGAACUUAAAUAGCAUGAAUGCAGUUACAAGUCAGCAACAAGCAAGUGUUGUCGCAAAUAUUGCUGCAGCUGUAGCUGCCGCCAAUGGACAAGUUGUUGAUUAUCCGAAUGUUGGCACACCACCAGCAGCAGCACCAACUAUGUAUGCUGCUCCGGCUCAAUCGCCACCAAUUAAUGCCAAUAACGCUGCUUAUAUGUACGAUACCAGCGGUAUGUUAGCUGCCGCUGCCAAUGCUUAUGGUGGACAAUUUGGACAUGCACCACCAGCAGCAUAUUAUCAACAUCCACCACUUCCGCAUCAAUAUUCCGCUGGCGGUGUAGCUGCCGGUACAGCAGAUGUCCUACAACAACAACAGCAGUAAACAAUUUUCUUCUUUAAAAUUUAAUCAUUAUUAACUAGUUACAAAUAUUCAACAUAAAUUUAAUUUAAUAAAAAAUAAAAAAAUUCUUUUUCUCUAAAAACAAAUACGAAACGAGAAGCGAUAAAACUACCGCCAGUAAAACUAAAAUAUUAAUAUAAACUAUAAACUAUAAUAUUAUAAAAAGAGAUCAUUGAACUAGAACUAAAAUCAAAAUUAUAAAAACAAAAAAAUUCCAGUAACGAAAAAGUAAAGACAGUACUUUCGAACGUAAAUAAUACGAUAUAAUACAAUUAUAAAAGAGGCAGUUUAAGGACAGGUUCAUGAACCCUCAGUAUCGCAUUGUAUGCAAAUUAUCAUGUAAAUCACAGCUAUAUUAAAAACAAACCCAUCAAAUUGUUUAUAUAAUAAUGAAUUUUUCUCGAGAAUUAUAAUAAUAAUAAUGAUCAUUAUAUAGCUGCAAUCGAAAUUGGCUAAUGAUAAUAAUUAUAAUGAUA